GGGUGUAUUAUCUGUCUCUGGAGUUCUACAUGGGCAGGACGCUGCAGAACACCAUGAUCAACCUGGGGCUGCAGAACGCCUGCGAUGAAGCCAUCUACCAGCUGGGCCUGGACAUGGAGGAGCUGGAGGAGAUGGAGGAGGAUGCAGGUCUGGGGAACGGCGGCCUGGGCAGACUGGCAGCGUGUUUCCUGGACUCGAUGGCCACGUUGGGUCUGGCAGCGUACGGUUAUGGCAUCCGAUAUGAAUACGGGAUCUUUAACCAGAAGAUAAGAGACGGCUGGCAGGUGGAGGAGGCCGAUGAUUGGCUGAGACACGGGAACCCGUGGGAGAAAGCCCGUCCAGAGUACAUGCUGCCGGUCCACUUCUACGGACGCGUGGAGGAGACCAGAGAUGGCUCCAAAUGGGUCGACACUCAGGUGGUUUUGGCGAUGCCCUACGACACGCCCAUCCCCGGCUACAUGAACAACACCGUGAACACCAUGAGGCUGUGGUCUGCCAAGGCGCCCAACGACUUCAACCUGAGAGACUUUAAUGUUGGAGAUUACAUCGAGGCUGUUCUGGACAGAAAUCUGGCCGAGAACAUCUCCCGUGUUCUCUACCCCAACGACAACUUCUUUGAAGGGAAGGAGCUGCGUCUGAAGCAGGAGUAUUUCGUUGUGGCGGCGACACUCCAAGACGUCAUCCGCCGCUUCAAGACCACGAAGAAGGGUGACCCCCGCAGAACCUCCUUCGAGAGCUUCCCGGACAAAGUCGCCAUCCAGUUAAAUGACACUCAUCCGGCCAUGGCCAUCCCCGAGCUCAUGAGGAUCUUUGUGGACAUCGAGAAGCUCGACUGGGACACGGCCUGGGACCUCACUUGCCGCACUUUCGCCUACACCAACCACACCGUCCUGCCCGAGGCGCUGGAGCGCUGGCCUGUGGAGCUGCUGGAGACGCUGCUGCCCAGACAUCUGCAGAUCAUCUACCAGAUCAACCAGGUCCACAUGGAUAGGAUUGCGGCUCUCUACCCAAAAGACAUGGACAAACUGAGGAGAAUGUCUCUGAUUGAAGAAGACGGGUGCAAGAGGGUGAACAUGGCGCACCUGUGCAUCGUGGGAUCGCACGCCGUCAACGGAGUCGCUGAGAUACACUCCAACAUCAUCAAGACGGAUGUGUUUAGACAUUUCAGUGAAAUGGAACCAGACAAGUUCCAGAACAAAACCAACGGCAUCACGCCGCGACGCUGGCUGCUGCUCUGCAACCCGGGCCUGGCUGAGCUCAUCGCUGAGGUGAUCGGGGAGGAUUAUGUGAAGGACCUCAGCCAGCUGCAGAAGCUCAAUGACUACGUCGACGAUGCCGCCCUCAUCCGGGACAUCUCCAGAGUCAAACAGGACAACAAGGUGAAAUUCGCUCAGUACCUGGAGAAGGAGUACCGCGUGAAGAUCAACCCGUCCUCCAUGUUCGACGUCCACGUGAAGAGAAUCCACGAGUACAAGCGGCAGCUCCUCAACUGCCUGCACAUCAUCACCAUGUACAACCGCAUCAGGAUGAACCCAACGGCUCCUUUUGUUCCUCGGACGGUGAUCAUCGGGGGGAAGGCUGCUCCCGGGUACCACAUGGCGAAGAUGAUCAUCCGGCUCAUCACCGCCGUGGCUGAAGUGGUGAACAACGACCCUGUGGUGGGAAACAAGCUGAAGGUCAUCUUCCUGGAGAACUACCGCGUGUCUCUGGCAGAGAAAGUGAUUCCUGCCACCGACCUGUCGCAGCAGAUCUCCACCGCCGGCACCGAAGCCUCAGGAACCGGAAACAUGAAGUUCAUGCUGAACGGCGCUCUGACCAUCGGCACCAUGGACGGAGCCAACGUGGAGAUGGCCGAGGAGGCCGGGGAGGAGAACCUGUUCAUCUUCGGCAUGAGGGUGGAGGACGUGGCUGCGAUGGACCAGAAGGGAUAUGACGCCAUGUCGUACUACAAGAAGAUCCCAGAGCUGAAGCACGUGAUGGACCAGAUCACCAGCGGGUUCUUCAGCCCCAAGAACCCCGAGCUGUUCAAGGACGUCACGGACAUGCUCUUCAAAAACGACCGCUUCAAAGUGUUUGCAGACUUCGAGGAUUACAUGAGGAGCCAGGAGCAAGUCAGCAAACUGUAUCAGAAUCCGAAGGCGUGGACGAAGAUGGUGAUCAGGAACAUCGCUGCCACAGGGAAGUUCUCCAGCGACAGGACCAUCACGGAGUACGCCACCGAGGUGUGGGGCGUGGAGCCCACCGACCUGAAGAUCCCGCCGCCCAACGAGCCGAGAGAAGCCAUCAAAGAAACGGCCCGAGCUCUGAAGAAGAUGUGAGGCUGCACACGUUCAGGUUCCGUCCUCGUGCUUCUAACCUUCAAGUCACAUGACUUUCUCCAAGGACGGAGAUCCAAUCUGCACGUUUUCAUUUUCUGAACACUUCUUAUUGUCAAUGCACGUGAAGCUACGGAAGCCCUGAGAGCCCAGUCUGGUGGUUUUCUACAUCUGCUCUGAAGGUUUUAUGACUGACCAGGUGUGACAAACACUUUGCAGGUGAAUCUUUGAUGUUGUGAUACUCGUUCAGCCCCCAGAAUGCACCACGCCCCCACGCUUUAGUUUCUGCAUGUUCUGUAAACACGUUGUUCUUUUAUUGUGUUGGCAGGUUACGUAACAUUACUUAAACUCACCUGGAAGAAAACAUGUAGUCUUAUGUAGAGUCUGGGGCUGUGGUGCCCUCUGGUGGCCAACAUGUGUAUUACAGAAGAAAUGAACCUGAAGGUAACAAACAUGAUCCUGUUUCCCCUGUUUCCCCUGUUUCAGUCUUAAACACAGAACAAUUGAAAGGUAGAAAAGGAAUCCCUUUCCUCUCAGGAGCGCUCGCAUCACACGUCUGUCAGUCCGUUAGCAUCAACACGUACAGUAAGAAGCGUCUGAGUAUAAACAGGAUGCUUAUUUGCAUUCCUGCGACUUCAUGCUGAGACGCCUGAGCGCACGGCAGACAACAUUUAUCUGUAUCUCUUUAAGGAAAGAAACUUUGUCCCUGUGUUGAAAUAAACAUGUCUGAUAUA